AUGAAUUGUUUACAUGGAAAACCUGCUGUGUAUUCAACAACGAGUAAUGGAACGUUUUGGUUUUGUGGUGAAAACCCUACGUGCAAUUUUAUUUGUACUGAUAAUGAGUGUUAUAUGUUUGAGAAGGCAAUAACGGCGUGGAGGUGUACGGAGCAGCCCCAUCCGCGGUGUCGUGAUCAUGACAAGCUUGCCAAAAUGUGUGUGGUAAAGGACUUGAUGAAGGAGAAUUACGGGCGGCCAUUUUUUGUGUGUGGCGAGAAGGGAAAGCAGUGUUCGUUUUGGAUGUGGGGCGAUGUGUAUCCGAUUGCGAAGCCGCACAGAUUAACGUUAUAA